GUCAGGAAGUGAUGAGCUGACUGUUGACAGCUCUCCUGUAAAGUAAGAUGGUGUAACGUUGUUAUCUUAUGAAAUGAUGGCAAGGCUCUGAUCCUGUGGCACUUUGCUGCGCUCUACAUCUGUGUCCAGCGGUGUAACGUUGUGGGUAAAAGUUUGCUUGCAGCCUGGCUGUCUGAGAUGGACGGUGGAGAGGAGGUGCGAGUGGAAACUGCCCCGUACUGUUUCCCCACUUGUGACGGAGCAGAGGUAGCCAGGACUCGACGCAACAGGAAGACCCGCAGCCUGAGCACCUCGUCAGCCAGCAGCUCCUCUGAAUACAGGAGGACUCAGUCACUUCAUGGACCAAGCCCUGUGACCACAUUCGGCCCAAAGGCAUGCAUGCUCCAGAACCCACACGCAGUCAUGCACAUUCAGGACCCCGCCAGCCAGAGACUGACGUGGAACAAGCCACCAAAAAGUGUCCUUGUCAUCAAGAAGAUUCGAGAUGCCAGUCUGCUUCAGCCUUUCAAAGAGCUCUGCAUAUUCCUCACCGAGGUGAAAAACAUGAUUGUUUACGUGGAAAAGAAAGUUCUGGAGGACCCGGCCAUUUCUGGUGAUGAAAACUUCGGGGCCAUUACAAAGAAAUUCUGCACUUUCAGAGAGGACCUUGAUGACAUCUCCAAUCGUGUGGACUUCAUCAUCUGUCUUGGUGGAGAUGGAACUUUAUUGUAUGCAUCUUCGCUCUUCCAGGAGAGCGUUCCACCAGUAAUGGCCUUCCAUCUGGGCUCCCUCGGCUUCUUGACACCUUUCAAAUUCGACACCUACCAGUCUCAGGUCACCCAAAUUAUUGAAGGUAACGCUGCCAUCGUCCUGCGCAGUCGCUUGAAAGUGAAGGUGCUUAAAGAGAACUGGGAGAAGAAGGCCAGAGUGGACGAAAAAGGCAUCAUCCUGACCAACGGGGAUAUCGAAAGUAGCCGCAAAGCCGCGCAGUAUCAGGUGCUGAACGAGGUGGUGGUGGACAGAGGACCCUCCUCCUAUCUGUCCAAUGUCGACCUCUUCCUGGACGGACACCCCAUUACUACAGUGCAGGGAGACGGUGUGAUAGUAUCUACACCUACAGGCAGUACAGCGUAUGCCGUGGCAGCAGGCGCUUCCAUGAUCCAUCCCAACGUCCCAGCCAUCAUGAUCACCCCCAUCUGCCCACAUUCACUCUCCUUCAGACCCAUCGUGGUGCCUGCCGGGGUGGAGCUCAAGAUAAUGCUGUCACAAGGCGCCAGAAACACAGCCUGGGUGUCCUUUGAUGGAAGAAAGAGACAAGAAAUCUGCCACGGAGACAGUAUUACCAUCACUACUUCCUGCUUCCCCGUUCCCUCCAUCUGUUUCCGGGACCCGGUCAACGACUGGUUCGAGAGCCUGGCCCAGUGCUUACAUUGGAACGUGAGGAAGAAGCAGAACUACCUCAGCUCAGAGGACGAGGAGUUCUGAAGCCGUUUCCGCGAUCUUCUAGGUCUUCUCUGAGGUCUCCAGGACUCCAAAGUCUUGUUUUUUUUUUUAACUUGACCGUGCUCUGUGCCGUUUUGUCUUUUAUGGAUUGAAGAUCUCACUAAACUCCAUUCAAAAAUAUUCAUAAAAUGAUUCCCUAGAAUACUGUGUCAACAAGUACUGAACCACGCAGGGCUUUGGCUGCAGGUCCACCAUACUGUAUUUUAGUAGAAUAAGAUUGUGGGAAUAAGAGGCUAACAAAUAUGAACAUUGAGUCUAAUCAGUCUCACUCAAGCUACACAGAGAAUCAGGGUUACACAAGUUUUUAUGUUAGAAGUGUGUAGCAUGAAUGAGGAGUCUGUAAAAUUCCCUAAAAGAUACUAUGUUAUGUUCUACUGUGUAAGCACAAGAAAAUGGUGGAUUUUUUGAAUGGAGUUUGGCCCCACUGUUGGUCCACGAUCAUCCCUGUGUGUUUUCUCUCAGAUGCCUGUGAAAACCAGCGUUUUGAAGUCAAAAUACCUUUUUUUUUUGUCUAAUGAUCAAAGGGAAAUGCAAAGCUUGGGAUGUUCUUGGACUAAAAUGCACAAGGUCAGCUGUGGAUGGCAGUUAUAGCAAUACUCUGGAUGGGUGUUAUCAGGUCUGUUCUAGCACUUUUUAAUCUUUAAGGUGGAUGGCAGGGACACACCUUCUACUUUAUAAACAACACAAACUAGUUCUCACAGAAGUAAAGGCUGAGUUGCACCUUAAUUUUUUAAAUUGUAAAAAAAAAAUCUUUUGGAUCAAUUUUUUUCCAAAUUCUGUAUCAUGUUAAUCAAAUCAGGGAAAAAUGAUGUAAUGCCAUCAAUGAAUGGCAAAUGUUUUACACAAUUUCUAGGUGCAUCUCGGGGAAGAACAGAUUACUUGGCAGAAGUGGCCCAACUGUACAGACUGUGCCUUAAACACUGGUAUCAUUAAUGUAUAGAAACAGUAUUUUUUAAGGUUUACAUCGAUUUUUAAAUCACAUACUGCGCAGAUCGUUUUCACAGUAACUACACGUUGACUGUAGUCUGUGCUGUCUGCAGCACAUGACACUUAAUUGACUAAUUGAAAUAUUUAGUAUCUUACAUAGUAUCUCUGUUGUGCAGUCAUGUAGUGAACACGUUGGAUGACACGUCAUGUCAGGAGGUGAUGUCCAUUCCAGGAAAAGAGACCACAGUUCAGAUGUCUUCAACGUCUUUUUAACAUCUGUUUUUUAAAAAAAUGUCUUCUAAGCCAUAGCUGAACUCUGUGUAGGUUUUAUAGACAAACGUCUGUGGACUUUAAUGGUCUGUGUGUGUGUGUGUGUGUGUGUGUGUGUGUGAGUGAGUGUGUGUUGAAUAAUUGAAUUAUUACAGACUUUGGUGAAUCUGUUCUUUUCAGUUUGCCAUUGCAAAGUCUUUGCUGAAUACUUUAAGGUUGCCUACCUUACAUAUCUGUUCAGAUAUCAGUUUUAGAUGUUAAUAUAUACAUUGUGAAUUGGCUCAACUAAUCGUGUUCGGGUGAAAAGAUGAAGGUGAAAAAAGGACCAAGCGAGCUCUAAAGGCAAUCAUUCCUUUAACUCUGAGUAUGUGUAUAUAUGUGAUGCUUGAAUAAGAUGUAUUUUGUUAAGUCUAUAUGUUUAUUAACCAGUUUACAAUGUAUCAUUGCUGAAAAUAAAUCUAUUUGCUACUUUUUUACAUGAA